AUGGCUUCCUUUUCGCGCCAAUUUUCCCGCGUCGCGGCCCGCAACGCCUUUGCCGCCGCCGUCCCCCGGCAGGCCUUCCGUAGCGGCCGCCGCUUCUACUCCUCCUCCUCCUCCUCGGCGCCCAAGCAGUCCUCCUCCUCCAGCCUGCUCUACCUCGGCGGUGCCGCCGCCGCCGGUGGCCUCGGCUACUGGUUCUACGCCAACAACUCCUCCCCGUCCACCACCGCCACCCCGACCAAGGCCGACUACCAGGCCGUGUACGACGUGAUCGCGUCGCGCCUCGAGGAGAAGGACGACUACGACGACGGCAGCUUCGGCCCCGUGCUGCUGCGCCUCGCCUGGCACGCCUCGGGCACCUACGACAAGGAGACCGGCACCGGCGGCAGCAACGGCGCCACCAUGCGCUUCCACCCGGAGUCGAGCCACGGCGCCAACGCGGGCCUGAUCGCCGCGCGCGACUUCCUCGAGCCCGUCAAGGCCAAGUUCCCCUGGAUCACCUACUCGGACCUCUGGAUCCUCGGCGGCGUCUGCGCCAUCCAGGAGAUGCAGGGCCCCAUCGUGCCCUACCGCCCGGGCCGCUCUGACCGCGACGUGGCCGCCUGCACGCCCGACGGCCGCCUGCCGGACGCGACGCAGGGCGGCGACCACCUCCGCAACAUCUUCUACCGCAUGGGCUUCAACGACCAGGAGAUCGUGGCGCUGUCGGGCGCGCACGCGCUGGGACGCUGCCACCGCGAUCGCUCCGGCUUCGACGGCCCGUGGACCUUUUCCCCGACGGUGCUGACCAACGACUUUUACACGCUGCUGCUGGAGCAGAAGUGGGAUUGGAAGAAGUGGGAUGGUCCCAAGCAGUACGAGGACAAGAGCACCAAGAGCCUCAUGAUGCUGCCGACCGACAUGGCGCUGGUCAAGGACAAGGCCUUCCGGCCGCACGUCGAGCGCUACGCCAAGAGCAACGACGAGUUCUUCAAGGACUUCUCGGCCGUCGUCCUGCGCCUGUUUGAGCUCGGCGUGCCCUUUGCCGCCGGCACCGAGUCGCAGCGCUGGGCCAUGAAGCCGACCUGGGACGAGAGCAACUAA